AUGGAGGAUCAGGAGCUUCAAAGUAGACGCAGCCCUCUAGGCGAUCGGGACCGCAGCCUGUCAUUCUCCAAGCUACUUCCCAGAUCUUUUAGGAGGACUAUUAGCAGCGCGAGUAACUCUGUUUCUAGUAUAAGCAUUCAAGAACCUGUUGAGACCUCUGUAAGCCCCGUAAAUGGUGCAGACAAAGAGAAAGGUGACAAAGAGAAAGGUAACAAAGAAUCAUUGGAAAGACAGCAACAAGGCGAGGAGCCUAGCUCGCCAGUAUUAAAGGAGGACAUUCAGAGUCAAAGCCGUAGUCAAACUCAAAGUCAAGCUCAAGCACCGGAACCGGCACAGGCACCUGCACAUUCACAGGGACAGAGUUCGAGAUUUUCGAGAUUCAAAAGCAUAUUUCAAGGGAGCAGUGGCAGUACUGAGGAUAUUUCUAAGACGCCAGUAAGUUACAGCAGCAGUGCUGGUGAGCAAAUUACAGAGGAAACCUCUCAAUCAGAUACGCAAAGUGGUAAUGAGCCGGAUCGCAGUCAUCUACAUGUUACAGAGGGGUCUCCGGGAAGUAAUCAAUUGUACAGAAGGAGGUCGCCUUCGACACCUAUUAUGCCCAGUCAUCUAAGCUCUCCUAAUGGGAAGCAAAAGAGCAGACUAGAUCCAAAAAGUCAAAGUGGGCACUCAAGUACAAACCCGUUUAGACAAGAAAGAGAUCGUUCAGGAACUGUUCGCAGUAAUAACCCCUAUUUCAUAUAUCAAGGGUUACCGCCUCAUGCAUUAUCAUCUCAAGAACUGGAUAGUAGUUUCAACUCAACUAUAUCAAAGGUUCCAGAGAUUCAUUCUCCAGUAACGCCAGGGACACCGAAUACCCCAUCAACGCAGACUUCAUAUAUCCAGAAGGAGCACAGAAACUUAAGCAAUUUAUCACUCCACGAGAUUAAAGAAAACGAAGAGGUAAAGGAGUUUUACAAUAAUGACGAUAGCUAUUUUACUAGUCAACCUAAAAAGGAUUCAAGACCUGUAAGUAUGACAGAGCGCAUUGAGAGUCCGCUCUUAACUCCUGAGGGUGUUCAACAGUAUCCUUCGAUCCUGGUUGGUUUUGAAGAUGACGAGGAAAAUGAUGUAAAUGGGGAGCCGUUAUCGAAAAAUGAUCAUAAUCAUAGUGAAAAAGAAAAAUCUCCGAAUAAAAUUCGGCAACCAACGUUGAGACGGGCAGCAUCUGUACCAGAUGCAAUCAAAGAUGUUGUAGACAGUAGCACAAGUCAUGAGUCCUCUUUACCCCCCUCUGGAACUUUAUCUGAUCUUAGCGAACCAAAGAGGUCAAUGCGGCUGAGAAGUAAAUCGUUCAGCAAUAAAUUUCAAGAUAUCAUAGUAAGUCCAAAAUCUUUCGAGAAAGUAAGAUUAUUGGGGCAAGGUGAUGUUGGAAAGGUUUAUUUAGUUAAAGAGAAAAGAACGAAUAGAUUAUACGCUCUGAAAAUAUUUAGUAAGGCGGAGAUGAUAAAAAGGAAGAAAAUAAAGCGAAUUUUGGCAGAGCAAGAAAUUUUGGCCACCAGUAACCAUCCUUUUAUUGUCACCCUUUACCAUUCUUUUCAAUCCGAAGAUUAUCUCUAUCUUUGUAUGGAGUAUUGCAUGGGGGGAGAAUUUUUCAGGGCGUUACAGACUAGAAAGACAAAAUGCAUUUCUGAGGAUGACGCCCGCUUUUAUGCCAGUGAGGUUACUGCCGCUUUGGAGUACUUACAUUUGAUGGGUUUCAUAUAUCGAGAUUUGAAACCAGAAAAUAUUCUCCUACACCGUUCAGGUCACAUCAUGCUUUCUGAUUUUGACCUUUCCAUUCAGGCGAAAGAUGCAAAAAACCCAGUGGCUAAGGGUACAGCGCAAUCAACGUUAGUUGAUACUAAAAUUUGUUCUGAUGGCUUUAGAACUAACUCUUUUGUUGGUACGGAAGAAUACAUUGCACCAGAGGUCAUUAGAGGAAAUGGGCAUACUGCCGCGGUUGAUUGGUGGACAUUGGGUAUUCUGACUUAUGAGAUGCUAUUUGGUUUCACUCCAUUUAAGGGCGAUAAUACCAACGAAACAUUUUGUAAUAUUUUGAAAAACGAUGUUAGUUUUCCAAACAAUAACGAAAUAUCAAGAUCAUGCAGAGAUCUCAUUAAGAGGCUGCUGAUAAAAAAUGAGUCUAAAAGGCUGGGAUCAAGGAUGGGCGCUGCUGAUAUAAAAAAACAUCCAUUCUUCAAAAAGGUGCAAUGGUCAUUACUAAGGAAUCACGAACCACCUUUAAUUCCUGCACUUACAGACGACGGCUAUGAUUUUGCAAAGUCAUCGUCCAAUAAGAAUAAAACGGGUGCUUCUUCAAAGGACGGCACUUCCCUCGAAGAGCAAGAACGUAUAAUGUUUCAAGAGCCUGUUGAAUAUGACGAUGAAGUUUCUGAUGACGAUCCGUUCCAUGAUUUCAAUUCCAUGAGUUUAAUGAAGCAGGAUAGUAAUUUUUUGAUAUAUGGGGAUAAUAAUUCGUAUGGUAAAAUAUCUUACACACCGAACUCUAACAGAUCUAGAAGUAAUAGUCAUAAAGGUUUUUUCAAAAGGUGA